GAGAAAGAGCACGCCAUCCAAACGCUAAGGAGCAAACUGCGAGAGUCUGAGAACAAUGCAUCACCCAGUGCUGUUGAGCUGGAAAAGCUCCGGACUGAGCUGUUGGAGUUGAGUUCAGCAUCUGACAAACACAAACAAGAGAUCCAGACGAUGACCACAGCGCUGAAGGUAAAGGAAGUGUCCCUGAGGAAGCUGAAGGAGACCUUGAGGUCCCAACAGCAAGGGGAGGAGUCAUUCCUGACGGGCGAGGACCUUCAUGCCAGACUGACCAAUCCCAGAGGUUUACAGAUCCAGAGCAGCAUUCAGCUGGUGAAGACUAAACUGGAGGAAGAAGUCAAACAACUUCAACUGAACAUAACGGAGCUGGAAAACUUGGUGUCCAGUCAGGAGGCAGAGAUCAGCAAGUGGAAGAGCAGAGCCAUCAAGCUGAAGGGGAAGAGCAAAGCAGAGGUGGACAAGCCUUCCUCGCCCUGCACUCCCACCAAAAGGGGCUUUCCCAUGACCUCGGACUCCUCCAACUUCUUCAGCUCACCCAAGAAGUUUCUGGUUACUCCCAGGGGGGUCCUGGACUCUCCCCGGAAGCUGCUCGACUCUCCCAAAAGCAGAUUCUUUGAUGUGGGCGGAAGCUCUGAGCUGCUGUCCAGAAGCCGUCCGAAGCAGUUCUUUGAUAACUCCAGCCUCGGAACCAUUCCAGAGAUUUCCCUUGUUCCUGAUCCACCACACGCAGAGAUAGAUGCAGCUGUUGGUGGAGACCUGAAGAUGUAUAGUUGCCUCAGUCUCCAACACAAGAGGAAAUGUGUAAAACCCAAUAAAAUGUUGAUUUGCAAUGUUUUUGUUUUGUAUCUGUCUGUCUGUCUGUCUGUCCAUCCGUCUGUCUAUCUGUCAUAGUUUUUAAUAAUAAAGUGUUCCUUGAUAAAG